CCCCUUUGCAGGAUGCAGCAGAACGCCUACGUCGUCAACGUCGGACCCGAGCGCACCUCGGGCCGCAAGGCCAUCACCCAGAACAUCGUCGCCGCAAAGACUGUCGCCGAUGUCGUCCGCACUUGCCUCGGUCCCCGAGCCAUGCUCAAGAUGAUCCUCGACCCCAUGGGCGGCAUCCUCCUCACCAACGACGGCAACGCCAUCCUGCGCGAGAUCGAGGUCGCGCACCCGGCGGCCAAGAGCAUGAUCGAGCUGUCGAGGACGCAGGACGAGGAGGUCGGCGAUGGCACGACGAGCGUCAUCAUCCUUGCCGGCGAGAUUCUCGCGCAGGCGCUCCCGUACCUCGAGCGCAACAUCCACCCGGUCGUCAUCAUCUCGGCGUUCAAGCGCGCGCUCGAGGAGGCGCUGCGCAUCAUCGACUCGAUCUCGGUCCCGGUCGACCCGAGCAACGAGGACGAGAUGCUGCGCCUGAUCAAGACGGCCAUUGGGACCAAGUUUGUCUCGCGGUGGUCCGACAUGAUGUGCAAGCUCGCGCUCAAGGCGAUCCGCACCGUCGCGCGCGACGAGAACGGCGCCAAGACGGUCGACAUCAAGCGGUACGCAAAGGUCGAGAAGGUGCCCGGCGGCGAGCUCGAGGACUCGCGCGUGCUCGACGGCGUCAUGGUCAACAAGGACGUGACGCACCCCAAGAUGCGCCGCCGCAUCGAGAACCCGCGAGUCGUCCUCCUCGACUGCCCGCUCGAGUACAAGAAGGGCGAGAGCCAGACGAACAUCGAGGUCGCCAAGGAGGCCGACUGGAACCGCCUGCUCGAGAUCGAGGAGGAGCAGGUCAAGGCCAUGUGCGAGCGCAUCAUCGAGUUCAAGCCCGACCUCGUCUUUACCGAAAAGGGCGUGUCCGACCUCGCGCAGCACUACCUCGUCAAGGCCAACAUCACGGCGAUCCGGCGCGUGCGCAAGAGCGACAACAACCGCAUCGCGCGUGCGACGGGCGCGACGAUCGUCAACCGGGUCGACGACCUGCGCGAGUCGGACGUCGGGACCCAGUGCGGCCUGUUCCACGUCGACAAGCUCGGCGACGACUACUUCUCGUUCCUCGAGGAGUGCCGCAACCCCAAGGCGUGCACGAUUCUGCUCCGUGGACCGUCCAAGGACAUCCUGCACGAGGUGGACCGCAACCUGGCCGACGCCAUGAGCGUCGCGCGCAACGUCGUGUUUGACCCGCGCCUCGCGCCCGGCGGCGGCGCGACCGAGCUCGCAGUCUCGGUCGGGCUCGCAAAGGCGGCGCGCGCGAUCGAGGGCGUCGAGGGGUGGCCGUACCGCGCCGUGAGCGAGGCCAUGGAGGUCAUCCCGCGCACCUUGAUCCAGAACUGCGGCGGCAACGCGAUCCGGGUCUUGACAGAGCUCAGGGCCAAGCACGCCGCGGGCGAGCACACGUGGGGCGUCGAUGGCGAGACGGGCAAGGUCAAGGACCACCGCGAGGGCCUCAUGGAGUCGGCGGCUGUCAAGACGCAGACGCUCAAGACGGCCAUCGAGAGCGCGUGCCUGCUCCUCCGCGUCGACGACAUCGUGUCGGCCAAGCGUCCGCAGGGCGAGGGCGGUCCGGGCGUGCAGCAGGGCGAGGUCGGCGGCGAGGGGCCCGAGCAGUGAGCGAGUCGAUCGGCCGUCUCGACGGCGCAGGAGGAGAACGUAGACGAACACGCCGAGGGCUUCGUCCCUUUGCCGCAGCAGCAACGCAACCACACUUGUACCACGAG